CAUGCGUACAAGGGCGUCUGUGCGCCUGCGCCGGGGUUUUCCGACGCCCUUUGGUAAAAGGACACUGUAGUGAAGGGGUAGUGGCCGCGGAGAUUCCGGAAGCUCACCCUUCACCCGGAAAUGGUUGCUGAGGAACAUGGCGUUGCUGGUGCGCGUUCUUGGGAGGCAGACUAGCACCUCCCAGUGGGUUCCAGUAUGCAGCCGAUUGGUACCAUUAUCUCCUACCCAAGUGCUGUGGGGCAGGACUCUGUCUGGCACUUCCCAGUGGCUCCAGACGAGCCAGGUCCUAAGCUGUGGUAGGUCAGAACAGAUUCUUGGAGUAGACAUGCAGCAGAGGAGGAAGUAUCACAUCACAAAUAAGCUUCCAGCCACCAAAGAUUCCCCACAGCCAGCUGAGGAAAAGGUUGGUGCCUUCACGAAGAUAAUAGAAGCCAUGGGAUUCACAGGACCUUUGAAAUACAGUAAAUGGAAGAUUAAGAUUGCAGCCCUGCGCAUGUACACUAGCUGUGUGGAGAAAACUGACUUCGAGGAGUUCUUUCUAAGGUGUCAGAUGCCAGAUACAUUCAAUUCCUGGUUUCUUAUCACCCUACUUCAUGUCUGGAUGUGUCUAGUCCGAAUGAAGCAGGAAGGCCGGAGUGGGAAAUAUAUGUGUCGUAUCAUAGUUCAUUUUAUGUGGGAAGAUGUUGAGCAGCGUGGCAGAGUCAUGGGGGUUAAUCCCUACAUCCUGAAGAAGAACAUGAUCCUCAUGACAAAUAAUUUCUAUGCAGCAAUCUUGGGGUAUGAUGAGGGGAUCCUUUCAGAUGAUCACGGGCUCGCUGCCGCCCUCUGGAGAACCUUCUUCAACCAGAAGUGUGAAGACCCUCGACAGCUCGAGCUGCUGGUGGAAUAUGUGAGGAAACAGAUGCAGUACCUGGACUCCAUAAAUGGCGAGGAUCUGCUUCUGACUGGAGAAGUGAGCUGGCGCCCUCUGGUGGAAAAGAAUCCUCAGAGCAUCUUGAAGCCCCAUGCUCCUACUUAUAACGAUGAGGGUCUUUGAGGGGCUGGUCCCUCUAGGCUGCUGGCCAGCUGGCUUUGAGGAACUACGGCAAAGGAAGUGCUUGUUUGGCCCAGGGCCCCACAGAAAGUGGCCUGAGCUGACCUGUGAACAGCAUCUGUCAAAUA